AUGCGUCCAAUUCUUCUUCAAGGACAUGAACGCCCAUUAACUCAAGUAAAAUUUAAUGAUGAUGGUGACCUCCUUUUUUCAGUAUCUAAGGAUCAUAUUAUUAAUGUAUGGUUUUCCCACAAUGGUGAACGUCUUGGUACAUAUCAUGGACAUCAGGGUGCUAUUUGGUCUGUUGACGUAAAUUCAACAUCAACACUUAUGGCAAGUGGAUCUGCAGAUAGUACAAUUAUGCUUUGGAAUGUAAAAACAGGAAAAUGUCUUAAAAUUUGGAAAUUUCCAACAGCAGUAAAAAGAGUUGAAUUUAAUGAAGAUAACACUUUGUUAUUAGGAGUUACAGAACAAAGGAUGGGUCACAUAGGAUCAUUAGUCGUGUUCCCUAUUAUAAAUGAUGUAAAUGCAGAACAAACCAAUACACCCAUAUAUACAAUACUUACACAAGAUUCAAAAGCUACUGUUGCUGGAUGGUCUUACUUAAGUAACUUUAUAAUUGUCGGGCAUGAAAAUGGAUCUAUAUCUUGCUAUAAUGCCAAAACAGGGAAACAUAUAAAAACUGAACAAAUACAUGAAAAAGGACAUUCAAUAACAGAUCUUCAAUUUUCUCCUGAUAAAACAUACUUUAUAACAUCAUCAAAAGACAAAACAGCAAAAAUUUGUGAUGUUGAAUCACUCAAAGUGCUUAAAACAUAUAUCACAGACACUCCUUUAAAUACAGCUGCUAUUACACCUGUUAAAAACUUUGUAAUACUUGGAGGUGGACAAGAAGCUCGUGAUGUAACGACCACUUCUCAACGCCAAGGAAAAUUCGAAGCUAAAAUUUAUCAUAAAAUAUUCGAAGAAGAAAUAGGAAGAAUUAAAGGGCAUUUUGGUCCACUAAAUACAAUUGCAGUUCACCCUAAAGGUAUUGCAUAUGCUAGUGGAAGUGAAGAUGGAUAUACUAGAAUACAUCAUUUUCCACAAAACUAUUUUGAUUUUGAGUACAAUCUUUAA